UGUUAGCAGUCAACUGAUUGUAAUAAAACAUUAGCCUUCAUUCUCAUGAAAAGCAAAUGGACUUACAUCCUGCAGUUAGAGGAACACAUCUCUGUUGAAGAAUGGAUUCUGUCUUUCCACAGAUCGGUACUUAUGUAUGCUGGGAUGUGAAAAGUUUACUGAUCUUUGUUGCAGUGUUUAUCCUCAUUGCAGAUUUGAUCAAGAACAGGAGACCUGCCAGCUUCCCCCCUGGACCAAGGAUGUUUCCAAUAGUGGGCAACAUGCUUUCUGUUGACCACAAGAAGCUCCAUGAGAGCAUGACUAAGUUAUCAAGGACCUAUGGAGAUGUGUACAGCCUACGGAUGGGUCAGAGGUUUGUGGUGGUGGUGAAUGGGUUUGAUGCUGUGAAAGAAGCUCUGAUAACACAGGGAGACAGUUUUGCAGAGCGUCCAGUCCUGGCUCUGCAGUUGGACAUGUUCAAAGGAUUAGGUCUGCUGUUCACCAAUGGGAACACAUGGAGGGAGCAGAGACGUUUUGCACUUUUUACCCUCAGAAAUUUUGGAUUAGGGAAGAAGUCACUGGAACCUGUCAUCUUAGAUGAAUUCACACAUUGUGCACAAGAGAUCACUGGGUACAAAGGUAAACCGUUUUACCCUCACCUCAUCAUCAACAACGCUGUCUCUAACAUCAUCUGCUCACUGGUUUUCGGUCAUCGCUUUGAGUACGAUGAUGAGAAAUUCAAAGGAAUGAUAGAAAUGUGUGAAAAAGGUAUUCAACUUCAAGCCUCCAUUUGGACACGGCUUUACAACUCAUUCCCCCAUCUAAUGAGACGUUUGCCAGGGCCCCAUAAGACACUCCAGAAUAUCUGGGAAGAUGUGAAAAAGUUUAUAAGAGAAGAGCUUCAAGACCAUAAACAGAACUGGGAUCCUUCAGACCAGAGAGACUACAUCGACUGUUACCUAAAUGAGAUUCAGAUGACUAAAGGACAGACUGACUCUACAUUUGACGAUGCAAACCUGGUUGCAUGUGUCUUGGAUUUGUUUGUCGCUGGAACUGAAACCACAUCGACCACCCUGCGCUGGGCAUUUCUCUAUAUGGCAAAGUACCCCGAGAUCCAGGAAAAGGUUCAGGCUGAGAUAGACACUGUGAUUGGUCAGUCCAGACAACCAUCUAUGGAGGAUCGAGCAAAUCUGCCCUACACUGACGCUGUCAUCCAUGAGAUCCAGAGGAUUGGGAACAUAGUUCCACUAAACCUGCCCCAUUCUACCACUAGGGAGGUCCAGCUGGGAGGAUACACAAUCCCAAAGGGUGUUACAGUUGUACCCAACUUGACCUCUGUACUGUUCAACAAGAAUGACUGGGAGACACCCCACACAUUUAACCCAGGACACUUUCUAAAUGAGGAGGGCAAGUUUGUGAAGCCAGCUGCUUUCAUCCCUUUCUCUGCUGGUAAGCGGCAGUGUCUUGGUGAGAGUCUAGCCAAAAUGGAGCUUUUCCUCUUCUUCACCUCCUUCAUGCAGCGCUACACCUUCUCCAUGCCUGUGGGGGUGAAGCCGGUGUUUGACUACCACUUGGGAGCUACUCGGGCCCCUCUACACUAUGAGCUUUGUGCAAUGUCACGCUAAAACUAGUUAGACAUAAAAUAUGACAUUUUUAUGCUUGAGAUACUGCUAAUGAGACUUAAUAUUAUUUAAGGACUGGAUCAAUAACUUAAACUGACACUACCCUGUUAUUAAUAGCUCGGGUUCAUGGCUGAAAUGUAUUGAAGUAUCAUGUAAAUUUUUGUCCUCUGCAUUU